GAUGCUGUUUUUAAUUUGUGCUCCAUACUUUAUACUGUGUAGCCCGAUCCCGACUCCAUCAAAAUGGGAACCACUAGUCGGAGUUAUCAGGAGUCGUCCAGAGUCGUCCGGAGUCGUCCGGAGUCGUUUGGAGCUGUCUGGAGUCAACCGGAGUUGUUCGGAUUCACCUGGAGUUGUUCGGAGUCGGCCGGAGUCGUUAGGAGUCAUCCGGAAUCGCUCGGAGUCAUCCGAAAUCGGUUGGAGUCAGAGUCGGCCAGAAUCAGCCUUCGAAACAGAGGCCUGUAUACGAAGUGCUCGUGCAAAGUGAAAGUCGAAAAACACAACGAAAUGAAAUGCCUGAUCACAAGCACAUUGCAUCGGACGGCUCGUGUUGACUCCGAUCUACUCCGAUACCGAUCGA